AUGGGCAACCAGUUGACGUGUGGCUGCUGCGCAAAAGAAGGCGGCAAUCUUGUUGAAGAACAGGAUUCGCGGCCAUCGUUCUUUUGCAGGAAAUCAUGCGGCCUGGAUGACUUGGAGACUGACUUCUUCACGUGCGAUCCCGCAGGGGUUUGUUUUGAAGAUACCCUUGCUGCCAUUGAUGUGAAGGAGAGGCUCAGUUUUAGCUUUGCAGGCUCUGCAAACCUCGCAGCACUUCGAUGGGGCUUCGUCCAUGGUGCCAACCCAAAGGUGGCUGACAGCAAUGGCACUACUCUGCUCCAUGUGGCUGCGAGAGCUGGCAGCUUUCAGGUCGUGAAGGACCUUGUCCUUCGAUCAGUCGAUGUGAAUGCAGUCGAUUGUGCUGGCUGGACUCCACUGCAUGUGGCAAGUUGCAUGGGACGGCAGGAUGUCUCGCUCUACCUCCUUCAGAUGGGUGCAAAGACCAGCAAGACAGCGAGGGGUUUGACGCCAGAGAAGUUGUGCAGCCAUCCGCAUACCAAGGAGGUGGUGGUGGGAUUUGAAGAACGCCGACCCAAAGCGCCACAGGUCGGGAUACCUCUGCGCAGCACGCCGAACUCAGAAUUUUCUGGAUCUGGCUCAACCGAGUUUGGUGCAGGGCUGCAUUUCGAACCGUUCUUUGUACCUCGAGAACCGGUGCUGCACGAGCCACGGCAUCGAGAGGAGCUACAACACCUUGGCAUUUCCAUUUUCAACAGGAGUCCUGGCCACGGGGUGGCCUUUCUGGUGGCCUUGGGCAUUGUGCGGGACUUCCCUGUGGAAAUCAACAAUUUCCUGGUGAGGCUCGCCGCAGAUCCUGAGAAGAUGGGUGACUACCUCAGCGAGGAAUAUCCCACGGCUCAAACCUUGCGGCUCGAGUUCCUAAACUCCUUGCCACUGCUGGGCACCGGAGUCAUCUCGGCAUUGGAAGCGGUGUCGCGAGAUUUGAUGCUUCCAAGGAGCUGGACCAAGGUGGAUCGGCUUCUCCGGGGUGUGGCGCACUUCUGGUGGAAGCAGCAUGAGGAAGAGUUGAACGACCGCAAAGUUGAGGGGAAUCAAGGUGCCUUCAACCCUCAGGAUCCUUCACAAGGCGAGCUUGUUGGCCUGGAGCUUCAGCGUGCUUUGUUGGGCACGGAUGGCCUCCAUCGGCUGAUGUUUUCGACCCUGAUGCUUCACAGGUGGCUCAGUGAGGGGCAUGAGAUGACGCUCAACGAAUGGGUGCAGCUAAACACCGGCAUCGAGGGCUGCGGAAACGACAUCCCUUUGCAUGUGCAGAUGGGCAUAUACUCGGCCGUUUCGAGCCAACAGCUUCAGCUGAAUGCUGUCAGGUCAGCAGUGUCGUCGUUUAAACCAGCACUGCCAUCUCUCAACAGUUCGGCCUUUGUGCGCUUCCACGGUCGUCCUCAGACCGAUGGCGAUUUGGCCCACUGGCCACAGGCAUCACCGCAUGUUUUGGCGGCUGAGGGUGGCGUGCUUGCAGCGGGCAGGAUGUCUCCGCAGCCCAACGGUGCUGACAAACAGCGUCGCAGACCAUCACUCACCACAUUUGCCCAGCCAUUUGAUGCUGGGGGGACGGGGCGCUUGGAAGAGGAGAUGACCUGGCUCCGACUACAUCAAUGGUUGCUGUUCCUUGCGUCGACUGAAGGAACCGCUCCCUUUGCUUUCGUGUCGCUGAAGAAGGCGGCCCUGUUGCGGGCCGAUGCACGUGUACUGCAAAUCGUGUUGGCUCGUCGAGUCGAGGGAGAAUGGCCUACAGCCAUGGUGGAUGACGACUGGUUGGAGCUUUGCUUGCUUCUGGGUGAUGGCCGCUUUCAGGUGUUGGAGGCACCUGAGCUGGUGAUGAGGUUUAACGAUCCGGCUGAUUUCCAAACUUGGGCGGCGUAUCUCAAGGAGAUUUGUAGUGAAGAUAGCGAGCGUCGACGUGCUGCUCUCAAGGCAUGUCCUGUCACGAAUCAAGUGAUAUCUUGA